GCGCAGGCGUGGCCACACCGACACUCUCACGACGAAUUGUCGCAGCGCAGUCACUGAUCGACUGCGCUGGUCUAGCCCAAACCAUGCCACCUCCAGUCUCCCCCUGGGGCUGCACAGGCCGCGGACAGCCACUCCGGGCUGCGCCGCCACUGACGUCGCCCGCUCCUUGCAUCUUGAAACUUGUCGCGCGUCUUUGAACUGCCUCAAGGUUUGCUCUUGGGUGCAGCGUCUCGCUCACUUACCCUGUAAUCUGCUGACUGCUUGACACUCGCUCGCUCGUGCUUUGCUGUCAGCGCGCAUAUACCUCGUUCUCGUUUCGCUGCUCAGCCUCUUUUGUGCGAUCGUCCUCACUUUAGCUCCGGGACACACAGCUUCCGUUAAAGCCAGCACUGCCUUUCUGCCUAGCACGCGAGUGUGCCUUGCGCGCACUUCUUUCGAUAUCUGUAGACACUAUGGCGACCGUGGAUAUCAGCAACACCGCCCAAUCGACUGCGGCUCCUGCGCCGCGCUCCGCCGCGCCGCCUUCUCCACCACCCUCGUCCGGGCGCGAGACGCUGUCCAAACCCUCGCUAGACACAUAUGACAACGCAACACCACCUUUCUCGCCCGCGAGCGACACGCCGGUGCUGCAGAAGGAGCAGGAGGAGUUCGAGGGCACCGUCGACGUCACUAAUGACCUGCCAACGGAGGGAGAGCUAAAGAAGGUCGAGGAUCUCCUUAUCCUGGAUGCAGAUGGAAAGAGCCGGCCGUUCAAAGAGCUCUACGACGCCUCAGGGGUCGCGCCUCGCCAGCUGAUUAUCUUCAUCCGACACUUCUUCUGCGGAAACUGCCAGGAAUACCUCCGCACCCUCGCCUCCUCCGUAACACCCGAGGACCUACUUGCCCUCCCCACGCCCACGUCCAUAACCGUCAUCGGCUGCGGCCGCCCCGAGCUGAUACCCAUGUACGUCGAGGCGACGGGCUGCCCCUUCCCCAUCUACGCCGAACCCACACGCAAGAUCUACGACCACCUAGGCAUGACGCGGACCUUCGACCUCGGCUCGAAACCCGCAUACAUGCACACCAACGUCCUGAUCAACAGCGUGCAGUCGAUAUUCCAGGGCCUCUCCACCGGCCGCAAAGCCCUCAAGGGCGGCGACUUCAAGCAGGUCGGCGGCGAGUUCCUCUUCGAGAACGGCGAGUGUACAUGGGUUCACAGAAUGAAGACCACACGCGGACACGCAGAGGUGUCAGAGCUGAGGUCGUUGCUGGGGCUCGACGACAGCAGGCCGCCGAUGCGCAAGCGCUGGAGCCACGGCAUCAAGCAUAACAAGCAGCAGGACAGGCGUAGCAUGAGCUGGGGCCGGCUGCGGAGCAAGAGCAGGAGCGCAAAGGAUCCCGAGAAGACCGGGAGUCGGACGCCGGAGCGUGUCGAGGAGGAGGACUUGGGCAAGGUGCUUGGGAGAACGACGGCGUAGGCGUGCGGAGGUGGAUAGAUUUCCUUUACUGCUGCGUUUAGCGGAUGUUAGAUAGUCGUGCUGCUGCGGCAUGCCGAAUUCGAUCACAGUUCUUGACUUAUUG